AUGCCCCCAGUGGAAGAAGAAAAGCCCGAGUCAAUUGCAUUGAAGAAGAUUUUGGUGGAGAAAUGCUUGCAUGUAAAAGAGAGAGUAAGUCCUAAGGAGACAGUUCUGGACAUUCAGACAGUAAAACCACAUGAGUUUAAAAUCUCUCUGGAAACAGCUGAUGGAAUACUGAAACCAGAGGGAGACAAGCAGGAGAAAGUGCCUCUUAAAUAUUUUAUCCUGGCCCCUGAAGAAGAGACACCAGAAAUGACAUCUAUAGUUUCAAGAGAGACUACCCUUAGAGGUGAGAAAAUAGAAGUUGAAAUAGAUAACAUUACAUACACAAAGGAUGAACCACCACUACAUGAUGAGGAAUUGAAACUUAUUUCUAUAGCACCUGAACAUGCAGAAAGAGGUUCUGGAGAAGAAAAGGGGAAUGAAAUUAAACUGGUUGUUCAUAGGGAAGGUGCUGUAGAGAAAGUCUCUGGCAAGUUUGAUGUUUUUCAUGAAGGAAAGAUUCCUGUGCAUGAAAAAGAAAAGGAAAUUGCAUCAAAUUACAUGCAUAAACAUAUACCCAGAGAGCCAUAUGAGCCUCAGGACCAGAAAAGACUUCUAGGAAAAGAGAGGAAAUCAAAAAUCAGUUUGCAAACUGAAGAAUAUCCCAAUAAGGACAAAACUUCAUUUGCAAAGGAUAUCACAGAAGCAGGAAUAGCUGAAACUCCUCUGCUUAGAAGUGAAGAAGAGACAAGAGAUUUCACUGUAGAGAAAUCUGAAGUUCCUCUUGGAGAAUCCAUGAAGGAGCAUGGCAUACAAAAUAAAACUCAGUGGAUGAAGAAAUCCGAUACCACGAUAGCUGAAAUUCCUAUAAAUAAGAUUCUUAAUAAAGAAGCAAAGAAAAUGGACAUUAUUCAAGAUGAUGAGAAAGAUGAGAAUCUGAUCUUUACAUCUGCAGAACUACAUUCCUUAGACCUGUCUAAGGAGACUGAACCACCAUUGACAAAAGAUUUUGACCGAGAACACCCCACUGAAGAUGAGGAGGUUCCCAGAGAAAAAGAUUACAUAAACUAUGAACCAUCUGUUUUUAAAGCAGAAGUAGUGGAAUGGAAAGCAGGAGAAAAAAAAUUUGCAGAGGAAGGAGAAGCUCAUUAUGAGGAGAGUUCAGGACAGUUGUUGACUGAGAAAGCACUCCUAACUGACAAAAAACUAGGCAAAAAUACUAUACCAGAGAAGGGAGACAAAACUACCUUCAGCACCCACUUAAAAAAAGACAAAAUUAGACAGUCAAAUGCCCCUGAAAAGCUGCCUGUGGAAAAGGAAGAAUUUGAUAUAGUGAUUACAGGAAAAGGAAUGGAAGAUGAAGUUUCCAUAGGAGAACAUGAAAAGGAAGUCAAAGAUCAAAUAGCUGACAGAUCUGAGUCAGUAAAGAAAGUUCUUAUUCAGCCACCAGGAACUCAAGAUAAAAAACAAUUUCAGGAAGCUCAUAUCAGUCAGGAUGAAGGUAAAGAAACUGCAGCUCUCAAAAGCAGCAAAGAUAAAACUGAAGAAAAUAAACUUUCUUUCAAGAUGGAAGAAGUUAAGCUUUUGGGAAAAGAUUUUCCAGUGACAGAAGGUACAUCAGAUGAAAAAAUAUCAGCUAAACAUGGCAUUGGAAAAAGCACAUCUGUUGCCAUGAAAAAAGAGAAGGGAAAGCUUUCAGACAAAAUACCAUCAAGCAAAGGAAUCCCUGCUAAUGGGGAAGUUACUUACUCCUCAACCAUAGGUAAGAUAAUAACUCCCAAGAAAGCAGAAAGAGAGAAAGAAUACCAGAAAUCAGAACCUGCUCAUGUGGCUGAGCAGGUCAGUAGACUUUCAAGUGAGAACAAGAAUUUGGAUGCACCUGGUGAAUCACAUGAAGUUCUGGAUGUUCCUGCAAAGACUCAUGCAAAGCGAGGUGAGGAAGACCGCUGCCAAAUUCUUCCACGAAGUGCUUGUACUAUUUGCUUCAGGAGAAUACCAUUUGCCAUCGUGAUGUUUGUUUUCGUUCUUUAA